AUGAAUCGUAAUGAACAUCAGGUAACAGAUGAGAAACAUGUUCGUGAACGUCUUGAUCAUCUUAAAGAAUCAAUUCAAGACCUUGAUAAAUCAAUCAAAGAUGAAGAUAAAAAGCAAAAUGUACGACCAAUACCACCUCCACCAGUACUUCCAGUUGCAUCAAAAACGGAAGUUCAUGAAGAAAAGCCAAUUAUAAAACCAAUUGAAACAGAAAAACCUUCUAAUACAAUAAAUCGAUGUCUAUGGCGAAAUUCUUCCCCAGUUAAUACGACAUUCGAAAUUCGUCAAUUAUAUGAUACAUUGCCGUUCGAUGAUAUAGACGGUGGUGUUUGGAAACAAGGAUUUGAUUUAAAAUACGAUUCAUCUCAAUGGACAUCAAAUAAUAAAUUAAAAAUCAUUCUUAUGCCUCAUUCACAUUGUGAUCCAGGUUGGCUUCAUACAUUCGAAGGAUAUUUUCAACAUGCAACAAAAAAUAUCAUUGAUAAUGUGAUAACAAUGCUUGAUAAAAAUAAUAAAUAUAAAUUUGUCUGGGCUGAAAUAUCUUUUUUAAGUUUAUGGUGGGAUCAAGCAUCAUCCGAUCAACGACAAUUAUUUAAAAAGUUUAUUAAUAAUAAACAACUUGAAAUAGUUACCGGUGGUUGGGUAAUGAAUGAUGAAGCUAAUACACAUUAUUUCGCUAUGAUUGAUCAACUAAUUGAAGGGCAUCAAUUUAUUGAAAAUAAUUUAGGAAAUAUUACUCUACAAAGUGGUUGGGCUAAUGAUCCAUUUGGUUAUUCACCAACUAUGGCUUAUUUACUUCAUAAUAUUGGUAUGCAAUAUAUGGCUAUACAGCGAGUUCAUUAUCAUAUUAAAAAAACUUUAGGUAAAGAAAAACAAUUAGAAUUUACUUGGCAACAAACUUGGGAUCGAAAUAAUUCUACAAGAAUUUUUACACAUGUUAUGCCAUUUUAUUCCUAUGAUGUUCCACAUACAUGUGGUCCUGAUCCAAAAAUUUGUUGUCAAUUUGAUUUUAGACGAACAACUGGUUCAGAUGUUACGUGUCCAUGGGGAAUCAAUGCUGUACUAAUUACCGAUGAAAAUGUUCGAGAACGAGCUCAAACACUACUUGAUCAAUAUCGAAAAAAAUCUCAAUUAUACCAGACCAAUGUAUUAUUUGUUCCAUUAGGUGAUGAUUUUCGUUAUGCAAAAAUGGUUGAAGCAAAAAAUCAAUUUGAAAAUUAUGAUAAAUUAUUUACAUAUAUGAAUCAACAAACUGAUUGGAAUGUUGAUGCUCAAUUUGGUACGUUAAGUGAUUAUUUUGAACAAGUUCUAGAACAAAAACCACAAACACAAUUUCCAAGUUAUAUGGGAGAUUUUUUUACAUAUGCUGAUCGAGCUGAUCAUUAUUGGAGUGGUUAUUAUACUUCAAGAGCAUUUUUUAAACGAAUGGAUCGUAUUGUUGAAUCUUAUUUAAGAGCAAGUGAAAUUCUUUUUUCUAUGGCUCAUGCAAAAAUGCUUGAACAAAAAACAACAAGUCAAUUUCCAAAAGAUAAUCUUUUCACAAAUUUAGUUAAAGCACGACGAAAUCUUGGUUUAUUUCAACAUCAUGAUGGUGUUACUGGUACAGCUAAAGAUCAUGUUGUUAAUGAUUAUGGAUUAAAACUUGAAACAGCAAUAGUAUCAGCACAAAAUGUUAUGGAACAAUCAGCUGCUUAUCUUCUUUAUCAAAAUGAUUUUUCAGCUGAUACUGAUCUAUUAUUAUCAAAUAUACAAUUUAAAACAUUUGAAUCAUUACCAACAAGAAAAUUAAUUUCAUUCAAUAGUCAACAACAACAAGUCAAAGUUAUUUAUAUUUAUAAUCCAACUGAUCGACGACGUACUCAAAUUGUUAAAGUUCUUAUUGAUACAUAUCAAGUUCAUGUAACAAGUAAUAAUCAAGUGAUAGAUACCUGUCAAAUUGAUCCCAAAUGGACUGGAAGAAAAUCAAAUAUGAUGGAAAAAAAUACAUUUGAACUCCUUAUUCUUGUUAAUAUAGAAGCUUAUUCUUUAAAAGAAUAUACAAUUCAUGUUAGUACAACUCAACAAUCAUGUCCAUUAAGUAAAAUUGAAUAUAUUAAUGAAAAAGAUAAAACAAUGGAAUCAUCUGGACCAUUUAAAUUAGAACUAAUCGAUAAAAAAACAAUUAAAUUAAAUAAUCGUUUUCUUUCAGUAAGUUUUUCAAAAACAGGUGCAUUACUUAGUGUUCAACAUUUAAAACAUGAUGAAAAAGUUUCUUUUACAACGAAUGUUAUUCAAUAUGGUUCAUCAAUGCAAACAGAUCAUAAUAGUGGUGCAUAUUUAUUUUUACCUGAUGGUGAAGCAAAAGAUAUUCCUACAAGUAAUCAUGAUCUUAUACGUAUUCAACGAGGUUUAUUAGUUAGUCGAUUUGAUAUUCUUCAUGAAAUGUAUGGUUUACAAUAUAAAUUAACAAAUACAAAUGGUUCAGAUGAUUAUAUUGUUGAACUUGGUGCUACAACUCAUUUAAAUAUGAAUCAAGAUAUUGAAUUAGCUUUGAGAUUUACUACUGGUAUUAAAAAUGGUGAUGAAUUUUUUACAGAUCUUAAUGGAUUUCAGACAAUACGACGAAAAACUUAUCAUAAAUUACCAUUACAAGGUAAUGUUUAUCCAAUGCCAACAAUGGCUUACAUUGAAGAUGACCAUAUGAGAUUUACAGUUCUUUCUGGUCAACCAUCCGGUGUAGCAUGUUUAAAAUCCGGUGUUGUCGAUGUUUUUCUUGAUCGACGUUUAACUCGUGAUGAUAAUCGUGGUUUAGGACAAGGUGUUACAGAUAAUCGAGAAAUUAUUAGUAGUUUUAAACUUCUAUUUGAACCACGUCAUACAAUUGCUGAUCGAAUAUCAUUAACUGGUUAUCCAACAUUAUUAGCUCAUCAUCAUUCAAUUGAACUUUUAUAUCCUAUGCAUAUAUUUCAAUCAACAUCAAUAAAAAUUCCACAACCUGAAUUAAAUUUAUUUUCUAAAAUAAAUCUAUUUCCGAGUGAUUAUCAUUUAGUUAAUCUACGCACAUUAAAUGAGAAUCGUGAUGAUUCCAAAUGUAGUCCAUCAAAAAACUUAGCAUUGAUUUUACGAAGAUUUGCUUAUGACUGUGAUGAAAAUUAUGAUAGUUUAUUUCAUUUUGAACAACCAAUAUUUGAACAUUUUUUUCAAGCUAAUCAAAUACAAUCUAUUGAACAAACUUCAUUAUCAUUAAGACAUGUACAAAAUCAAUUGACUGUUACAUCAAAACUUGAUGUACCAUUAGCAGAAAUAACAACAUAUAAAAUAAAAAUGAAAUAA